GCACAGUGAAAGGAAGGAUAUAAAACCAAAGUGUGAGUGGAACUUGUAUGAGUUGUGUGCUCACCCCCUUCUGCUGCAGAAUGGUAUGGUCCCAAUGUUCAAUGGGCUGCACUGUGCCUCUGCUGCUGCUGCUGUGUUUAGUCUUCUCGUCUGGUCUCCCACCGGUUGGAGGACGGAGGAGCGGAGCGAAUUUAUGGCACCUUUGGAAAGACCAUUGUCCGCGUCGGAAGCUAUUUGUGGAAGAGCAAAACGAGCAGAAGUUGAAGUUUCGCCUUUUAUGCGCAUGGAAAUGUAGAGCGACUGCGGUGAAGAUGAGGAUGAGGAUGGUCUGGAGGUAGUUUUUACAGAGUCUGCGCCGGACAUGAGGACAGUUUUCAGAAGGAUAAAGGUGGGGAUUUAAGAGCUGAAAAGUUUCCCCUCGGUGGAGAAGCGGGUGACUGCUUUGGAAUUUGGAUCGUUGCGCGUAAAAAACCAGAUUGAUCCGGGACAAGAUGCGGCUGUUGAGCACAUGGGGCGGAUGUAGACGCGGAGAUUUCCAAAAGUACGGGAUCUUUCAGUUACUUUUUUUCCUCCUUGUGCUCCUGGCGACCUGUCAAGGCUGCCCGGAUAAAUGCUUCUGCUUCUCACAAACAGUGAAAUGCCAGAACCAGGAUUUGGACCAGAUUCCACAUUCUUUACCGACCAACACUAAAUUCCUUUUCGUCACAGGAAACAACAUUUCCCGGAUCGGUGUGGACUCUUUCCCAACCCGCCUGGACCAGUUAACAGAUCUGUAUCUCAGUGGAAAUGACGUGGAGUAUGUGGAUGCCAUGGUGUUUGACAAGUUGCCCGGGCUCAUGCGUCUGGACUUGAGCAACAAUAACAUCCAGAAUUUCAGUGACAGAGCAUUUCCAGCUGAUAACAAACUGCAAGUGUUAAACCUCAGCAGGUCUUUUCAUAAUCAUUCCUUCGUGGAUGUGGCCCUGAGCUUCCUUCAGACCGGACACCACGUGCAUCUGACAGCCUUGGACCUGUCCAACAACGACCUGGUGCUUCUUCCGGUCGGCGUCUUCACCAGCCUCCCCAACCUGGUCAACCUGAGCCUGCAGAACAGCUCCAUCAUCUCCAUCCCCAACGGGACUCUGAGGGUCCCGCCGCUGCAGGACCUGGACCUGAGGGACAACGGCCUGAGGAACCUUCCGACCUCCACCCUGAUGGAGUUCAAGAACAAGUCCGGGCUCCUGAUCCGGUUGGCGGGGAACCCCUGGCGCUGCGACUGCUUCAUCGACGACCUGCUGGACUGGCUGAAGAACUCCACUCAGGUGGCCGACAUCCAGAGCAUGACCUGCGGAGACCCCGAGGGCUUGAGGCGCCGGUCGCUGCUGCAGGUUCAGCAGACUCAGCUCAAGUGUCCCGGCGACAUGGAGGACGUGCUGGAGACUUCCUACGUUUUCCUGGGGCUGGUGCUGGCGCUGAUCGGGGUCAUCUUCAUCCUGGUUCUGUAUCUGAACAGACGGGGCAUCAAGCGGUGGAUAAAUAACAUCAGGGACGCUUGUAGGGACCACAUGGAGGGGUACCACUACAGGUACGAGGUCAACUCAUAUGAUGCACGUUUGGCCAACCUCAGCGUCAACCUGGACUUAUGAGGACGUGACGCCGCCUAAGGGACCCUGCAGUGAGAUGAAAAAAGGACUUUACUACUAAGAUUUGCAUGAGUCUUCCUCCCCUUUCCCUUUCUCCCUUCAGCUCCUGAUUACCCACAACCUCCCUCCAACCACUGCCGCAUGUCCUGUACGAGUAUCGGCAGCUGCGACCUCCAACUGCAUUGUUUUUUUAAUUCCGAGUAACAUUGCAUGGACUGAGAAUCAGAUGGAUUCUAGACGGUCUGAAUGAGCGUUAUGUUAUAUUUUUACUUUUCCUAAAUGGAUAAACAGAUCGGAGUACAUUGAUUUUUAACCAUGAGGGACUGUAUGGGACGGUAGAACAUUAACCGCAGGUUGUUGCAUCCUUCUCAUUAUGCAUCCGUUGCAGAGAAAUGCUUGUUUCUGAGUUGGUUUCUACGGAGCCCCUUUGGUGACACGUGAGGAAAAAACAUAUUCAUGCGUGACCACAAGUUACGACUAAUGCAUGACCACUAGACAAUUUAUCUACGAGAUUACUUUAUAGCAUAGUAAUCCAUGUAUCAUUUGUUCUUUUCACAUUUAAUUGAGAAUCAACAAUCGGGAAAUGAAAAAAUGUCUCAUUUCAUUAUUCAUGUACAAGUCAAGAACCAAAAAAUGAGUUGUUUUUCAUUGUUUCGAUUGUAUGCACAAAUUAAAAAUUGGAAAUAAGCAAAUGGACCAAAUGUGGGGCUUCAUGUUGACAUUUUUUAUAUCUGAUCUGGUUCGACCUGGAAGUUACUGACCUCUUCGUGUGUUACAUGAAGUGUCUUCUACUUAGAUUGGUUACCGUGGAAACACUGUAUUAGACAAAACAACAAUACCUGGAAAAUCCUGAUGAUUUUUCCAGUUGUCAUGUCGUCCUCCUUCAGAGUAACACAUUUGCUGCCUCUGAAUAACACCACAUUCUCCAUUAUCACAGAAUGCAUUAGGCAGAGUACUAGCAAACCCACGACUGUCCAGAACAACACAUGAAGAAGUCAGUAACUUCCGGGUCAGACCAAAUC